AUGGCAAAAGUAGUUCAUAUUGACAAGAAGAAACAUCGAGUUAAUUUUAGUAUCAAACCAGAAGAUGUAGGAGAAGUAGAAAUGAAAGAUGAAGAAGAAACAAUAGCUAUUGAUCCAUGGAAAUUAGCAUUAAAAAGAAAAGAACAAAAAAGAAGAAAUGAAGAAAAAGAUAUUGCAAUUAAAGAAGAAAUGAAAGAUGAAGAAUUUAAAGAAGGAGUAGAAGAUGAGGCUAACAUAGAAUGGGAUGAUCCUACUAAAGAAGAAGAAAAACAUGAAAAUACUACUAUGGAAGAGGAAGAAGAAAUAGAAGAAGGUAAAGAUAAUAAUAAAGAAGAAGGAAGUAUGGAAGAAGAUAAAGAAGAAGAAAAUAUGGAAGAAGAAGAUAAAGAAGAAGGAAGUAUGGAAGAAGAAGAGGAAAGUGAAGAAAUUGUAUUAGAUUUAGAUGAAUGUCAAAAAGGAGUUGAAAAAGACCCAGAUAAUUCAAUAGAAUGGAUUAAAUUAAUGCAAUGUUUCAUUCAAAGAAAAGAAAUAGAUGAAGCAAGAAAAGUAGGAAAGACAGGAAUAGAAAGUAUCAAUUUUAGAAAAUUAGAAGAGAAAUUAAAUAUUUGGAAAGCAUUAAUGCAAUUAGAAGCUAAUCAUGGAGAUGAAAAGAGUUUAAAGAAAGUAUAUAAUGAGGCAUUAGAGGUAUGUGAUAGGAAGAAAAUCAUGCUUCAUAUGAUUCACAUUUACAAAGAAAAGAAAGAGGUAGAAGAAGAAGAGAAAAUCUUCAGAACAUUAUUUAAGAAAGUUAAAGGCAGUUGUAAAGUAUAUAAGAAAUACUGUAAUUUCCUAAUGAGAAACAACAGAGAAGAAGAAAUCAAAAACACAUUAAGCAAAGCAAAAACAACAUUAGAUAAAAAGAAAAUGAUAAGUUUAGAAAUUCAUAUUGCCCGAUUAGAAUAUAAAUAUGGAUCAGUUGAUAAAGGAAGGUCAAUGUUUGAAGAUAUUUUAACAAACAAUCCAAAACGACAUGAUGUUUGGAAUAUUUAUAUUGAUAUGGAGAAAGAAGUAGGAGAUGUAGGAGUAAUAAGAAGAAUAUUUGAACGAAUAGUUAAACAAAAACUAAGUACAAAGACAAUGAAAACAUUCUUAACUAAAUACUUAGAAUUUGAAAGAAAAUAUGGAGAUGAAAGUAGACAAGAACAUGUUAGAGACAUUGCUAAAUCAUUUGUUUCAACAAAAUGA